UCGCGUCGCACAGCAUGUUGGUUGCUUGCUUGCUACUAGUAGCUGCCGCUCACUUUAGCCAAUCGCACUCGCGCCUGAAUUCCAGCGCCUCAUCAAUGCCACCGGCGUAGAACGCGAGGUUUGCAUUUGCACCGAGAUGAAAAAAAAAAAACGAUCAAUCUCCAUCCCCAUAUCUCUCCUAUAAAUCUCGCCGGCCGUCCUCACAUCAGCGCAAGAACUGCACUGUGUUCUUCUUCACCAUCAGCAAAGCCACCAACGAAUAACAACAAUGGAUGUCCUCCUCCUGCCGCCGUUGCCGGCGCCGGAGACGACGGCGCCGGCGGGGAGGGACUGGUCGGAGCUGCCGGCGGACGUGCUGUCGGUGGUGUUCGCCAAGGUGGGCGCCGUCGAGGUCCUCGCCGGCGCGGGCCUCGCGUGCCGCUCGUGGCUCGACGCGGCGAGGGUGCCCGAGCUGUGGCGAGCCGUGGACAUGCUGCGCGGCGCGGUCCGGUGCCUCCACCUCGGGCAGGACAGGGACCUGAUGUGCGCCAUGGCGAAGGUCGCCGUCGACCGCUCCGGCGGCCGGCUCGAGGUGUUCAAGGGGGAGGAUUUUGUUAGCGAUGAGCUGCUCGAGUAUAUUGGAGACAGGUCGCCUUCUCUGAAGGUUAUUUCCGUUUGGUGCUCCGACGAAACCAGGAUGUCCACGGAAGGAUUCGCCGAGCUGACGAGGAAGUGCCCUCUCCUAGAGGAGAUCGUCCUCAGCAGCGGCGGCCAUCGCCGUCCCCCGCUGCCGCGGCUCGCGCUCGCGGUGGCGGAGCUGCGCCACCUGCGGCGGCUCACUGUCCAGGGCAUCGGCGUCAGCAACGACGAGCUCACGGCCAUCGUCGAUGGCUGCCCUCGCCUGGAGCUUCUCGAUGUGUGCAGCUGCUGGGAUUUGUGUGUCGACGACGACGCCCAGCUGCUUGCCAAGUGCGCGAGGAUCAGGACGCUCAAGCUGCCGCCCAGUGAAGAGGAUGAUUACUACGAUUACUACUACUAUUAUAAUUAACCAAGUCUACGGCCGUUAUGCUGAUCGAUCUGUUAGAUGAUGACUAUACUACUCUGAUUAACUAUGCGUGGUAACUACAGUCGAUCACCUUAAUUUGGUUGAAUCAUAUCUUAUUUCUUCUAUCAGUCUACUACUAGUAAUGUGAUGAUCAGUUCCUACUACUGUAGUGUACUGCGAGUAAUGUGGUGAUCAGUUAAUUAGUUGAUUGCGGUUUGAAGUAGCUUAGCUAUUACUACCUCCAUUUCAAUUUCAGGCUAUAAGACUUUAUAGCAUUGUCCACAUUCAUAUAGAUGCUAAUGAAUCUAGGCACAUAUAUGUUUAGAUUCAUAUAUGAAUAUGGGUAAUGCUAGAAAGUCUUAUGAUAUGAAAUGGAGGAAGUAUCUUUUGGUACAUAUCUGGUUGUGUAUAUCGUCAUUGAUCCUUGUUUUUAUCUUAAGUAUGAUGGUAUCACCUAUAUAUGAGAAACUGAAUGUAUGUAUUUGUGAACUUUCUGGUACUCCUGAAUGCUUUAUGAAGAUGGUCGAUUGGAUGAAUAUUCCAUUACUUCC